AUGUUGAGGUGUAUGUACACCUCAACUUCCUUGUGUUUGCUGCUGCUGCUGAUUACUAUCAUAUGUCCUCUUCCUUCCCCAUUUGUUUCAGCUCUAGGGGUCCUCAGCAGCAGCAGCAGCAGCAGCAACCGCUUGCCUGGUUGCUGGUCUAGGUGUGUGUACAGCAGACGCUUAGGCGUUCCCUGUAGAGCAGCAACAGCAGCAACAGAGGCAGCAGCAGCAGCAGCAGCAGCACAGCGCGCUGCGUAUAUACACCAGAGGGCAGCUCCAAUCUUCAGUCAUCUCUUUAUAGGGAAGGUAUCCUUAACAGCAGCAGCAGCAAAACGCACACAAGCAGCAGGCGAGAAGAAGGCAGCAAGAGCAGCACGGAAGGUAACACCAGCAGAAGAAGCAGCAGCAACAGCAGCAGCAGCAGCUGCACCACCUCUACCACCUGCAGCAGAACCCCCACCUACAGCAUCCCCGACAGCACAAACCUUACCAGCAGCAGCAGCUGCUGCUGCUGCUGCAGUAGCAGAAGCGGUUGCAGCAACACCAGCAGCAGAAACAGCUGCAGCACCAGCAGCAGCAGAAACAGCUGCAGCAUCAGCAGCAGCAGAAACAACUGCAGCAGCAGCAGCAGCAGCAGAAACAGCUACAGCACCAGUAGCAGCAGAAUCAGCUACAUCAACAGCAACAAAAGCAGCAGCACCAACAGAAGCAGAAGCAGAAGCAGCAAUAGAAACAGAUGCAGCAGCAGAAGCAGCAGCAGCAGCAGCAGCAGGUAUAUCUGAAUGGGGAGAUAUAGAUUGUUUUCCUGAAUUAUCCUUCUCCUUCUCUGGUGAUGUUGAGGGGCCCCAGCUGCUGCUAGCAACACAGUACCAUAUAGAGCAGCAGCAGCAGCAGCAGCAGCAGCUGCAGCAGCAGCUGCAGCAACCAAACAAAGGAAGGAACAAAAAAAAAGAUCAAGAAAACGAAGCAAAAAUCGUAAAAGGGAGACUGCAGACUGUACGCAAGAGACUGACACCGGAGGAGAAGCUGCAGCAGCAGCAACAGCAGCAACAGCAGCAGCAGCAGCAGCAGCAAAUAGAAGCAAAUCUAAUGAGGGAGUUAGGUGUCUCCUCUCUUUCUUACGAGACAAGAGCAGACAGAAGGGAGCAUCAUAGGGAGUCCCGUCGUAACCGCAGCAAGCAGGACAGCAGCAGCAGCAGCAGCAGCAGUAGCAGCAGCAGUAGCAGCAGCAGCAAGAGCAGCAGCAGCAGCUUGUAUGAUUUGCUGGAUAUACUAGAACAAGACCCCACAAGACAGCAGCGGCAACGGGGUGUAGGUGCAGCAGCAGCAGCAGCAGCAGCAGAACGUUUGCUGCAGGCAUUUGGCCCAUUAGAUUCUUCUAUUCCUUUCUUAAGGGAAGACGAUCAACAACAACCAGCAGCAGCAGCAGGAGGAGGAGGAGGAGGAGGAGGAGCAGCAGCAGCAGCAGCAGCAGGACAGCAGCAAGAAGAUGGCGUCAUCUGCUUUGAUGAUUUGUCUGAAGUUGAAGCAGAAAUUGCUGCACUCACCGGAGAACCACUGCAGCAGCAGCAGCAGCAGCAGCAGCAACAGCAGCAGCAGCAGCAGGAGCAGCAGCAAGAGGUGGACUCCGGGGAUAUGGAGGUAAUCGAUUCCCUGAUGCUUUAA